AUGGCAGCCCGUCUCCCCACCACCACCCUGCGCGCCCUCUCCUCCCGACCCACCACCGCCUUCGCGCCAACAACUCUCCGCCAACAUGCCUUGCUCAGCGCGCGAAGCUUCCAAACCAGCAGACCGAUGAUGGCGGAUACGGUUGUCUCACCGAAGAAGCCGAUUGGGGCGUUUCGGGGAUCACUAUUCGGGUUCCUGCUCGGAACGGUUCUGGCGGGAGGAGGGUUGUAUUAUUAUGUGGUGGAUGAGUAUAAGGUGUCGAACGAACUGCUGGUGGAGGAUAUUUAUGCUCUCCAGUCGGCUGUGCAGAGGUUAGAGGGGUAUGUUAAGGCGCUGGAGACGGAGGUUAAGACGAAGAAGUGA